AUGAAGUCCCAGAACAGCCAGCCGAAGCAGACGGACAACUUUCACGACUGGGCCGCCGAGUUGAGCCAGGAGUCCUCCAUCCACGGCGUACCCUACGUGGCCCGCAGGGAUCUCCACUGGACCGAACGCCUCUUCUGGACGGCCAUAGUCCUGGCCUCGGCCUACUACGCCAUCAACAGCUGCCUAGCUCAGUGGGAUCGGUUUCGGGAAAAUCCCAUUGUCUACGAGUAUGAAUAUCUCUUCGCGCUGCGCAACUUCACCUUCCUCGGGGUCACACUUUGCACCACCUACGCGGAUAAGGAAUCGGUCGAUGAGGUCAUAAAACAAACUUGGGGAGUGGAUGCCUGGCAAGAUCCAGAGAAGGCAAAGUACUACGCGGAGUUUCUCCUUGUGCUUAACCACCUUCAGUACAAGACGAUGGAGACCCUAAGCCCCUUUGAAAAUGAUACCACUCUAGAAAACUUGAAUUACGUGAGCAUGCUGCUCGAUCUGCAGAGGAAGGUUCUUCCGACUGCAGCCCCUGCUGUCUUGGCGCCGAUCAUAACGGAGGUGGGUUUAUGCCAAACCACCAGCCAGCUAAACCGAUACGGCAAUCCGUACGGCAAAACGGAAAACAUGGAAGUUGCGAGAGUGAAAGACUGCGGUUUCUUCAGCGAUUGCAAUUUCAUGAGCAAGCCAUUCAAUAGCAUUAGGACGCACUUGUUUCUGUACCUACACGAUGUUAAUGAACUUAUGCUACCCGACGAUACACGCACCAUCACUUUUGAUGCCAAAGUCCUAAGCUCAUAUGUUAUCGGGGUGAUGCUUCACUCGAUAUCGGCGGACAGAGAGGUGCGAAACUUACCGGUGGCGUAUCGCAAGUGUCGCUAUAAUGACGAAAACUAUCUUCAGUACUACAGUCCGUAUCAUCCGAGCCUGUGUCGACUAGAGUGUCGAAUCAAACAUGCUCUGAGCCUGUGCCACUGCAAACCCUAUUUCUAUGCGGCAGCUCCAGAAGCUCCGGUUUGCAACAUUACCGGAAUGCUCUGCCUGGCCCGCUCAAAUUGGCUGGAAAAACCCUGCGAAUGCUUCCCGUUGUGCCGGCAGAACACCUUCAACAUUUUCCAUCAAGAGGAGCAGGGGAGCGACCCGAGCGAGCAAUUCGAGCGGACAUUGAUCAUCAAAAUGAAGCUACCAAAGAUGGGCAUGAAGCGGCGGGUCGUCUUCAGCACAGAUCAGUUGAUAAUGUCCUUCGGCGGAGCCAUUGGCCUCUUUCUCGGGGCCAGCUUCAUGACUUUAUACGGACUGGUCUACCUGUUCCUCACUUUUGUAGCUUAUAAAUGCAAACAUUGCUUAUAUGAAAAUUAAUGGCUGUAAUAUGUGCACCUUUCAAAAAAAUUUGCAAGUCUAGCAUAAUCCAAAAAAAACUUAUUUGUUCCUUUUAUAACUUUAUUUUUUGUCUGUUAAAUUCUCAUAAUCGAAACCUUUUUCUGGUGAUUGC